AACAAUUGUAAUCACAUGUAUAGUCAAUACAAACAUUGAUUUAGUUUUUUAAAUUACCCGUAAAUUGCAAUCAAUUUUUGAUAUAUUUAUUUGUAAUCAUUUUUUAAGUUUACAUAUAAAUAUGUUUUCAUCGGUGGUAUCGUAUCUAUGGAGAGGACAGCAUAUGAUUGGCAAUCCUUUGAAGACAUUAAGUCAAAUAACUAAUAAGCUAUUGAUAACAGAUUUUACGAGAAGAUUAUCUGUAAAUGCAUCCAAUUAUCAGCUGUCAAGAGAUGAAUCAAAAACAUUUAGAUCAACAGAUACCGACAAAUGGUGGAUAUCACCGGUGCGUCCGUUAGCCACUGACCAACAAUGGUUUGAACAAAGACUAUUGAAUUUAUGGCACUUAAAGAAACCAAAGUUUAGGACGAGACCAAAGCAUCCGCUCGACAGUAAACCACAAAUGAAAGGCGUUGUAUUGAAGACAUUGAUUAAAAAGCCGAAGAAACCGAAUUCAGCGAACAGGAAGUGUGUUCUCGUGAGACUCACGAAUGGCAAAGAAAAGGUAGCAUUUGUUCCGGGAGAGGGACAUAACCUACAGGAACACAGUGUAGUACUCGUUCAGAAAAGACGGGUUCGCGACGUUCCCGGACUUAAGUUACGGGUUAUUCGGGGCACUCGUGAUUGCGCUCAUGUCAUCAAAAAAACACAAUAACUUUAUUGUAUUAUUUGAUUUAUUGUAUAAUAUGUUAACUG